AUGGCAGAGAAGAGUGGAGUGGCCACUGUGCUGGGGAAGGACUCUCAGUCUGCAACACUGGCAUUCUUGGAUGCAGUCAAUGAUUUCUGCUUAACACCCCGAGAGAUCUUCACUUUUUCUGUCUAUGGAGGCCUGUCCUUCCCCGGGAACGCAGACGAAAUGACCCGGCCUGUGCAGAGUGUGAGGCCAGGAGUGAUUGAAGUGUGUAAAUACGCAGGGCUGCAGGAUGAGUCCUCCAUGUUCUUCCAGUUUGGCCCAUCCAUUGAACAGCAAGCUUCUGUCAUGCUCAACAUCAUGGAAGAAUACGACUGGUACAUCUUUUCCAUCGUCACCACCUACUUCCCCGGCUACCAGGACUUUGUGAACAAGAUCCGCAGCACCAUUGAGAACAGCUUUGUGGGCUGGGAGCUGGAGGAAGUCCUCCUGUUAGACAUGUCUCUGGAUGACGGCGACUCGAAGAUCCAGAACCAGCUGAAGAAGUUGCAAAGCCCCAUCAUCCUCCUGUACUGCACAAAGGAAGAAGCCACCUACAUAUUUGAAGUAGCUAACUCGGUUGGGCUGACCGGCUAUGGUUACACAUGGAUUGUGCCUAGUCUGGUAGCUGGGGAUACAGACACUGUGCCCGCCGAGUUCCCCACUGGGCUUAUCUCGGUGUCCUAUGAUGAAUGGGACUAUGGCCUUCCUGCUAGGGUGAGAGAUGGGAUUGCCAUCAUCACCACCGCCGCUUCCGACAUGCUGUCCGAGCACAGUUUCAUCCCUGAGCCCAAGAGUAGUUGUUACAACACCCACGAGAAGAGGAUCUACCAGUCUAACAUGCUGAAUAGGUAUCUGAUCAAUGUCACUUUCGAGGGGAGAAACCUGUCCUUCAGCGAAGAUGGCUACCAGAUGCAUCCGAAGCUGGUGAUAAUCCUUCUGAACAAGGAGAGGAAGUGGGAGAGGAUUAUGUCCGUAGUUGCUAUGGACAAGUUGACUGAGAAUAGGUUUCAUGAUGGCAACAUGGUUGCAAAUAGAGGAGAACGCAAGUAUGCCCAGCAGCGUCCUGUCACUGUCAUGAAUUAA